AUCACGUUUUUCGAUAUGUGACGUUUGACAUACAUACAUACAUACAUACAUACACAACCUCUUGACAUUAGUCGCUUUCUUCUGGAUAAAGAUAGAGAAUGUGAUGUUCGACCGCAGAGAAAGUUUUACUUUCAUGCAGUACUAAACUACGCAUUUUGUGCAGUUACAUUUCGCAGACGUACCACGAAUGUCAGUUAUAUGACAAGCGAGUGCUGUUAAACACUCUGAUUUGACUGUUACACCUUGUUAUAAAUCGUUUAGUGAUGAUAAAAGUUGCUUAGUAAUACUGUUAAUAACAUAGGAUAACUAAGUACUAAAAUAGAAAUAUUACAUUUUCAAGAAAUACCCGAAACUGUGUCCAAAAACCUAAAAAGAUGCAGGAGGCGAUGAUUCCAAUCAAUGGAGUACCGACUCAUGUGAUGACCCAAGGGUGUUGGAUAGAAGAAGAUUUAGCACCAGGAGGUUGUAAGGACAUAGUUGUUUUAAUAACAGGGAAUCCAGGGAUUCCGGAGUUUUACAAAGGCUUUAUAAAGUCCUUGAAAGAGAAACUACCGUCUGAAACCCCUGUUUGGGUUGUAGGACAUGCAGGGCAUGUACAACCUCCCAAACUGCUUCAUGCAAAACCUAGUGAUAUACCAGAUAAACAGCUUUAUGAUAUGAAAGGACAAUAUGAUCACAAGAUGCAAUUUAUCAAGAAGUACGUUCCAAAGGAUGCUAGAUUACACUUGGUGGGUCACUCGAUUGGUUCUUGGUUUAUCUUAAAUUUAUUGAGAGACGAGGAAAUUGAGCAACGUACCGUUAAGUGUUAUCUCCUUUUUCCAACGAUUGAGAAUAUGUUGGAUACUCCAAAUGGCAAAUUCUAUACUAGUAUUGUUUCAUGGUUAAUUCCUGUUCUGCUGAUAUUUACAUGGAUUUUUUCGUGCUUUCCUUACAUUCUUCAAUUUUAUCUGGUCAGAUUAUUUGGAAUUUUUUAUGGUAUUCCUGCCAAGAGUAUAAAAGCAGUACUGCAAUUGUUGAAUUAUACUGUUUUGAACAAUGUCUUCAUGUUGGCCAAUGAAGAGUUGCAACGAGUGAGAGAGCUAGAUCAUAAUGUUAUAGAAAAACAUGCUUCAAAGCUCUGGUUCUACUAUGGAACAAGAGAUGGAUGGGUACCGGUAUCAUAUUAUGAAAAUUUAAAGGCCUGUCAUCCUAAAGUUGAUGCAGUGCUAUGUAAGCGGCGUUUCUAUCAUUCAUUUGUUUUAAACAAUGAUGUAGAAAUGGGUUACAUUGUUGCCGAUAAGAUCAAUGAAAUGAUUGACCAAAGCCAUUCCUAACCUAAAAAGAUAAGAUGUUUAAUUAAUAGAACAAAGAUCGUGGUAUUUUACUUGAAGCAUUUAGCUGCAUUUUAUUUUUACAAGAUCAGUGCAUCAAAUUAUUCAUCUUGUAAAAUGUUAUACAUAUAUAUAUUUUUAUAUAUAUGUAUAUAAUUUUUUGUUACUGCUGGGAGGUAAUUGUGAUAUUUAGGAACAAUUAAUACAAUACAAUACAAUACAAUACAAUACAUUUCAUAACGCUUUCUUGUAAUAAACUAUACGAGGACAAAUAAGACAUCACAGUAAUUUUAAAUAAUUAUGCACAAACGAAUAUUCUUAUUCUACUGAAGCAAGCAAAAAGUUACAUACAGAAUUAUUACAAACGAUUUGUUGGGUUUUUCUACCAAUCCCUAUCAUUUGUAAUAAUCUUGUAUUAUUAUACAUUUGUAAUACAGUAAAGGUAAAUAAAAUAACAAUUGUACUCCAUCAAAUAUAAA